CUAGUUGCUGCGCUGCACCGAGCUGGUGUCCCGCAGGGCUGUGGCUGCUCCUCCACUCGUAGCCCCGCACCUGCUGCCCUCGUCCAGCCCGGAGCUCCGUGGCCAUGCGGCUGGCGCUGCUCUGGGCUCUGGGACUCCUGGGCGCGGGCAGCCCUCGGCCCUCCCCGCCGUUGCCAAAUAUAGGAGGCACUGAGGAAGAGCAGCAAGCCAGCCCAGAGAGGACACUGAGUGGAUCCAUGGAGAGCCGGGUUGUUCAGGACAGCCCCUCGAUGAGCCUAGCAGACGUGCUUCAGACUGGUUUACCUGAGGCCCUGAGGAUUUCCUUGGAGCUCGACAGUGAGAGUCAUGUCCUGGAGCUUCUACAGAAUAGAGAUCUAAUCCCUGGCCGCCCAACUCUGGUGUGGUACCAGCCUGAUGGCACCCGAAUGGUCAGCGAGGGCUACAGUCUAGAAAACUGCUGCUACCGAGGACAAGUGCAGGGCCACCCCAGCUCCUGGGUCUCCCUCUGUGCCUGCUCUGGAAUCAGGGGGCUGAUCAUCCUGUCCCCAGAGAGAGGCUAUACACUGGAGCUGGGCCCUGGGGACCUUCAGCGUCCUGUCAUUUCUCGGAUCCAAGACCUCCUGUUGCCGGGGCACACUUGUGCCCCAAGCUGGCAUGCCUCUGUGCCCACUCGGGCAGGACCAGACCUCCUUCUGGAACAGCAUCACGCUCACAGGUUCAAGCGAGAUGUAGUAACAGAGACGAAAAUUGUGGAGCUGGUGAUUGUGGCUGAUCAUUCAGAGGUCAGAAAGUACCCUGACUUCCAACAACUGCUGAACCGGACACUAGAAGCGGCUCUCUUGCUAGACACAUUCUUCCAGCCCUUGAAUGUCCGGGUAGCCCUUGUGGGCCUAGAGGCAUGGACCCAGCACAACCUGAUAGAAAUGAGCUCCAACCCAGCUGUCCUGCUAGACAACUUCCUCCGCUGGCGCCGGACAGACUUGCUGCCUCGACUGCCCCAUGACAGUGCCCAACUGGUGACUGUUACUUCCUUCUCUGGGCCCAUGGUGGGCAUGGCCAUUCAGAAUUCCAUCUGUUCCCCUGACUUCUCCGGAGGUGUGAAUAUGGACCACUCCACAAGCAUCUUAGGCGUUGCCUCCUCGAUUGCCCAUGAAUUGGGCCACAGCCUGGGUCUGGACCAUGAUUCGCCCGGGCACAGAUGUCCCUGUCCAGGUCCAGCUCCAGCUAAGAGCUGCAUCAUGGAGGCCUCCACAGACUUCCUACCAGGUUUGAACUUCAGCAACUGCAGCCGACAGGCCCUGGAAAAGGCCCUCCUGGAUGGAAUGGGCAGCUGCCUCUUUGAACGGCAACCCAGCCUGGCCCCUAUGUCCUCUUUGUGUGGAAAUAUGUUUGUGGACCCCGGAGAGCAGUGUGACUGUGGCUUCCCAGAUGAAUGCACUGAUCCCUGCUGUGACUAUUUCACCUGCCAGCUGAGGCCAGGAGCCCAGUGUGCGUCUGAUGGACCCUGUUGUCAAAACUGCAAGUUGCACCCAGCUGGUUGGCUGUGCCGCCCUCCCACAGACGAUUGUGAUCUGCCUGAGUUCUGCCUAGGAGAUAGCUCUCAGUGCCCGUCUGACAUCAGACUUGGGGACGGUGAGCCUUGUGCUAGUGGAGAGGCUGUGUGUAUGCACGGACGCUGUGCCUCCUAUGCCCGGCAGUGCCAGUCACUUUGGGGACCUGGGGCCCAGCCUGCUGCGCCACUUUGCCUCCAAACAGCCAACACUCGGGGUAAUGCCUUUGGGAGCUGUGGGCGCAGCCCUGGUGGUAGCUACAUGCCUUGUGCCCCUAGAGAUGCCAUGUGUGGGCAACUGCAGUGUCAGUGGGGUAGGAGCCAGCCUCUGUUGGGCUCAGUCCAAGAUCGGCUCUCGGAGGUCCUGGAAGCCAACGGGACACAGUUAAACUGCAGCUGGGUGGACCUGGACCUGGGCAAUGAUGUGGCCCAACCUCUUCUGGCUCUGCCUGGCACUGCCUGUGGUCCUGGCCUGGUGUGCAUCGGCCACCGAUGCCAGCCCGUGGAUCUCCUGGGAGCACAGGAAUGUCGAAGCAAAUGCCACGGCCAUGGGGUCUGUGACAGCAGCGGGCACUGCCGCUGUGAAGAGGGCUGGGCACCUCCUGACUGCAUGACCCAGCUCAAAGCAACCAGCUCCCUGACCACAGGCCUGCUCCUCAGCCUCCUGUUGUUAUUGGUCCUCGUACUACUUGGUGCCAGCUACUGGCACCGUGCCCGCCUGCAUCAGCGGCUCUGCCAGCUUAAGGGAUCCAGCUGCCAAUAUAGGGCACCCCAAUCCUGUCCUCCUGAACGACCAGGACCUCCACAGCGGGCACAGCAGAUGACAGGCACUAAGGCUGCGCUGGCUGACCGAUCCAAUCCCCCCACUCGCCCUCUGCCCGCUGACCCUGUGGUGAGGCGCCCAAAGUCUCAGGGGCCUACCAAACCCCCACCCCCAAGAAAGCCACUGCCUGCCAACCCACAGGACCGGCACCCACCAGGUGACCUGCCUGGCCCAGGAGAUGGAAGCUUGCCGCUGGUGGUGCCCUCCAGGCCAGCUCCACCACCCCCUGCAGCAUCUUCGCUCUACCUCUGACCUCUGGAGAUUUGGCUGCCUCCUGCUCAAGCUCUAAGACUCAAAGAAAUGGAACCUCUGCCCCAAACACUAGAGAAGCAGGAGAACAGACAAUUUGGUGUCCAGCCCUAAAGAACCACCAGGCACUGUUAAGCAAUACCUGGGGAUGCACUAAAAUAACUGCAGCGGGAUGCUGGGGAGGGGCUGAGGCCGGGGCUGGAGUAGGUGGCAGAAGAACAUGGACACUGUCUAUCUCUGCUCUGUUAUAAUAAAUGUGAGAUCUUGGAAUGUGUCUGCUCCUGGAAGCUGGGUAGUUCCUGCUGUUUGCAGGUCUGGCCACUAGGAGACGCUGCAGGGUCAAACCAGGGCCUGUAGAAGAGGAUCACUUCCCAGAAAGGGUCAACAAGAAUGUGUCACUUAGGAUGCCUCUGGCUUGCUUCUGCCCAGUCUGGGACCGAUGGCCUCUGGACUCCAAGUUCUCCCCGGCAAUGCUGCUCAGCCCCCACCACAGCUAGAGACAAAUGACCUAAGUCGUCAGACCUGCAUCCCCACCCUCUGACCAGUGGCUGGGAAAAUGGAUCUGACUGGCGUUCUCAGAGCCCUGAGCCUGGGUGGAGCAGGGCAGCGGCGGCUGCUUGGAUUCCAAGGCUUCACACCUGCCUCCACCUCCCUGCCCCCACCUGAAGGUUCCAGAACAAAGGUGCUUUGUGCUUUGUACUGAUUGCUACCACCUCAUCAUUUAGACCUCAGGACUGAGGCCUCCUGGGAGAGAGAAGGUGUGUGCGGAUAAGGGGCAGGC